AUGGAAAUCUUCGGCACAAAACUCUACAGCGGCGCGGGGGACAGAUACUGGAGAAGCAAGAGAUACCAGAAGCUGCAAGACGGCUCGAUCCGCAACAAGAACAUCCGCACCGUCAGGCUCGGCGGCGGCCAGUCGUCGCCGUCACGCAGGCUGGGGUGGAGGAUCAGGGCGGUGCCGAAGCUGCGGCUGAGGCUGAGAGUCGUGAUGUCGGCGCCGCUGAAGCUGGCGGCGAAGCUGAGGAACGGCUAUCUCGACAUGAUGGUGAGGCUGGCCGGGAGCGUGGGCUACUUGAACACCAACUUGGCUUUCGGGAACAGGAGGGUUCCGAAGGCAAGGCAGGUCAGGAGUUCGUGCACAAACGAGGAGUUUCAGAACAGGAUUAUUUACGAGAUGUUCAAGAACAUCUCCGCCGCACAUGAGUUGUCUCCCAUGUAG